CCGUCACGACAAUGUCGUAAAAAUCCCGUCAUCAACAACGCCAAGCUGAAAACAGACAGACUCGGGUGCUUGAUGAUGCACUUGUCGAUAUCGAAAGUACGUCCACAGCUUUAAAUGCCAGGUAUCGGUUCACGGCGAAGUUUGGAAUGGAGGCUAUGGAAGAUGAUUGUUCGGACGUAAAAGAUGACCAUAAUCAUAACUACUGUACGGCCAGUGAGGUCCAGAAGAGUUCAAGCGGACAACUCUGCGACCUAACUCCGAUCCAGCAGCCUGUCUGCUUGGCGGUACCGGGAGGUGAAGCGGGGUCAGUUCGGACGGGUUUACUAUGCCGAAGCGCAUCGGGUUCGGAGUUCAUGGACUCGGACUCGGGCAGCGAGUGCAGCGACGUCGGUGGCGAGACCGAAUGCGCGACGCCGGGCGGCGCCUCUGGCCAAGACAAACUCACUCUCGACUCGACUUCAAAGUACCUUGUCGAUGCCAUGGCCGUGGAAGACUACCGCAACAACCACUGGCCAAACCUGGAGAAGGCCAUUGAGCGCCUUCUCAUCCAAAAUCCCACAGACCACAUCUCUGUUUCAUACUCUCAAAUAUACAGUUACGUCUACAAAUGUGUUUGCCAGCAACACUCCGAGCUGCUCUACAAUGAUCUGAAAUCCAAAAUAGCAAAUCAUCUACAGCGGGUAUCCUCUGAGCUGAACGAGGUCCCACUUGAAAACCUGAUUGAAAGCUUCAACACCGCCCUGACACAAUACAUCACAUCUCUUCAGUGUAUUGUCCCAGUGUUUAUGUAUUUGAACAAGUUCUACAUUGAAUCCAAGCUCCAUCGUGACCUGAAUCAGGAUCUGAUGAACCUAUUUGCUGAUCACGUGGCGGGGAAAUAUGUCGACACACUGUUGCCUCUUCUUAUUAAAGCACACACAGUGCCCUUCAAAGUACAGCCGUCUACCAUGGCCAGUGUGGUCAAAGGCCUCCACAGCCUCCGACCAGAGUGGUCCCAGUUGGCACCUGCUCUCUUCUCUGACUUUAUUCCUCUAAUCAACCCUCCCGCUCUGGAAUCUCUGCUAUUGGACUACGCCGCUAAUGACCAGAAGCUCCAAAUGGAGCUUUCAAUGAACGGUUUUCAACGGGGUGAUCAGUCUCGCAAGAGGGCCAACGAUGACUUCUGAGUGGAAAGUGGGGAUCUGCAUUUAAACGACCCAACGGCCUCACUGAAGGACAAGGUUCAGAAUUGGCUCACGGUUGACGUAGCAUCAGAGUCGGGACGGAGCUUGUGUAAAAGGGAAUUGCGGAAAGCCGGAGCCAGGGGGUGACGCACUUCUGCCCCUACGUCACACCAGAAGGCGGAGUGGACAAUGUCAUGCCACGGCAUGUGUCAACAGGCACAUGUACACACAGUGGAGGCUCAUACAUCUUGACAGUUUUGUGUCUGACGUGCUUAAAACUGCAUGAACCAGGCGGGCCUAUAUUCCUGUGCCUCCCACUUGUUUAUACAAUCCGAGAGGACCGUUUUUCCAAAAACCGGUGACACUGAUUGUAGCGUUAACGGUUUCUGUCUUCAUGGUGUCUGUUCUGAUCAAAUAUUUCAUUCCUAACAUUACUCAUAGAAAUGUCUUGCAAAUGAUGGGGCUAACAAAAACUCGUGCUGCUAAUCACCUAUACCAGGAGUGUCAAACUCAUUUUUUUCACGGGCCGCAUUGUAGUCAUAGCUUCUUUCGGAGGGCCAUUAUGACUGUCAACCCAAAUAAAUGUAUGAGCACCUCAUAUUAUAAACAGUAAAAACUACAAAACAAACUGACAAAUAAGUCGUUUUCAAAUCAGACGAGUAAAAACUGGUCAAAUAUUAAAAAAAAAGAUAUUAAAAGUGAAGACAAUUUGCAAUUCUAGUCACGACACACGAAUUUGAUGCACAAUUUGUCUUCACGGGCCACAAAAAAUGUGGUGGGACGUAUCUGGCCCCCAGGCCUUGAGUUUGACACCUGUGACCUAUACCAUAUGUAUACCAUACCAAUCGUUUGGUUACACUUUAUACUGUGAAGUUAGCAGCAAGAACACAAAAAGUGUGUCAAGAAAUAGGAACUAAACUGUGAUUCUACAUCCAUGUUGCUUUUGUGUUGGUAUAAACCGAGCUACGAUUCGAGUAACACCAAAGAGGAUUGGCAGGAAAGUACUUAGUAUUGAUUCAAGCUAAUGUUAAAUAUGCUUGUUUACUUAUGUAUCCAGAUUAUUUUUUUUAUACAAACUAUUUUUUUGUUUUUGUUAUUGAAUUCAAAAUCUGCAUGUAGGAAGGACUUUUUAGUCACUAGAGUGCCAGAGAUCUUAUUUGCCUUAUAUGCAAAUAUCACAACAAUGUCCAGGUCGACAUGAACAGUCUAAGGUUUUUCAAAACGUCUUUAUGUACCUUUUUAUUAUGUCUGUUCCACAUUAGAUCUGAUAAAGUUUUUUGAGUGGAAAAAAAUGUGACAAACCUAUCCUCUAUAUUGCCUGGUGAGUUGGACACUAUCCCAAUAUUGGACUUUCAGAAAGAGGUUCGUGGUCAAUUAAAAGGCACUUAAGAGACAAAAAAGAAAAAUAAAUACAUUCUGGGAUGA